AUUAGAUGUUUAGUAAAUGACUAAAAUUAUUUUUACGAAUAACCAACUUAAACAUAUCGCGAGAUUAAAAACGAAACUACUCCGCAAAAUUUAAGCAGGAAGUUAUACUUCCACGAAGCGGUUAUUCUUUCCCAUCUUUACUGUGGGGUAAAAUUUAAGCAGGAAGUUAUAUUUCCACGGAGCGGUUAUUCUUAAGUUUUCCAUCUUUACUGUGGGAAUGACAGAAGAAAAAAGUUCAAAAUGUACCAGGCUUCUCGUGGCCGCCAUGGACUUUGGAACCACAUACAGCGGGUAUGCAUUCUCAUUUCGAAAUAGCCCGAAUGAUAUACAUGCGAAUCCAAGCUGGGUGGCAGGUUCAGAGAAGCUCAUAUCAUUAAAAUGCCCCACGGCCGUACUUCUUAAACCAAACAAGGAGUUUCAUUCAUUUGGAUUUGAGGCAGAAAACAAGUAUGCUGAUUUGUCAGAGGAUAAUGUACAUCAUGGAUGGUACUUGUUUAGGCGUUUCAAAAUGGCUCUUUAUGAAACAAAGAAACUGCAACUUGACACACCAGUAGAAGACAUUUCGGGCAAGAAGUUGCCAGCCAUAGAUAUAUUUUCUCAUUCUAUUCGUUUCCUGAAAAACCAUCUUUGGAAAACAAUACAAACCAGAACAACAGGAAUUCUCGAAACAGACAUAGAGUAUGUCAUUACAGUUCCAGCAAUUUGGGACGAACGGGCGAAACAGUUUAUGAGGAGAGCUGCAAAUAAAGCAAAUAUUCCGAACAAUCAAGUAACACUUGCACUUGAACCGGAGGCAGCAUCUAUAUGGUGUCAAGUCGUAACAGAUGACGAGCUCAGCAGUCUGUCGGAACCUCUAGCUAAAUAUAUGGUGGUAGACUUAGGAGGCGGAACUGCUGACAUCACUGUUCAUCAAAAGAUGGAUAACGGAAACCUUAAGGAACUUUAUACAGCAAGUGGGGGUGCCUGGGGUGGAAAUGAAGUUGAUAAAGCAAAUAUUAGUAAGCUUUCAGAUAUUGUAGGAUCAGAUGCUAUGGAAAAUUUCAAGCGGAAAAAUAUGUCUGACUAUUUCGAUCUCCUUAGGGAGUUUGAGACAAAGAAAAGAACAAUUACAACAGAUACGGAUGGGAAAAUCAGAUUCAAAAUCCCGAUUACUCUGCGCGAGUUUUCUGAAUCGGAUGGUAUAAAACUACAAGAUAGAAUUGCAAAAUUACCCAGUAAAACAAACAUAACUUGCACUGGAGACAAAAUAAAAAUUGAAAAAGUUGCUGCAAAAGCUCUGUUUGAUUAUCCUCUGAAUAUGCUGAUGGCCCAUCUCAGAGAAAUAUUUGCAGACCCUAAAGUCCAAGACGUAGAGACGGUUCUUCUUGUCGGUGGAUUCGGUGAAUGUGAGCUAGUUAAAGAAGCAUUUGAAAAACACUUUGCUAACAAACGAUUACUGAUUCCUCCAGACGCUGGUAUAGCUGUGCUAAAAGGAGCAGUUCGUUUCGGCCAUCUUCAAGACAUUGUAUCAAACAGAAUCGCAAGGUUUACAAUUGGAAGAGAGACAAUAACACGGUUUGAAGAGCAAGAUGAUCCAGCUAAAAAGCAGAUGUUUGACGGAGUUGAGAAAUGUGUAAAUAAAUUUUUCAAAAUGGUUGAAAUUGGUGAGGAAAUUCCUAGGUACAAGUUCUAUGAAGAAAAGACUGAAGCAUCUUUUGCGGAACAAACAGAUGGCAUGAUCAGUCUUUUUAGUUCGACCGAGCGAAUCGUGAGAUAUACCACAGAGCCUAAAUGUCAGGAAUUGGGAAGGCUUACUUUUGAAUUUCCAAAUUCGACUGAAAUUUCAGACAAAAAAGUUACCAUUCAUUAUUGCUUUGGUGACACUGAAAUACAUAUUCGCGUGAAGCUGCUGAAAACAAACGAAGAACACGAAAAAUGGAUUGACUGCUUUUCUAGUUAGUUUUUGAAAUAAGAAUUAUUGUUCUUAAACAUAGUCAAAUACAAGUACGUUCUUUUUGGAAAAAAUACACUAUCGCCACUUCUUCAGUGCACAAGUAGAACUGCAGAAAUUACAUUAUGCCGGUAUAUUUUAAACAAGAUACAAGUUUAAAUUGUUUCGCUAACCGGAGUACCUACAAACACAUUGCAGUUUUAUCAGGCAGACUGUGUAAAAACACAAAUAUUUUGACUUUUGAGCUAGCGUCUGCUGUUUGGACUUGAUAUAUUGUCUCGUGCAUUUUAUGGUUACUAGCAUGAUUAAGGUAGUUCUGCACUUUUGGAUCGAAAUUUUUUCUACAAUGUAGAAUUUCAUUAAACUCUGAUUUUUCAAAACUUCGGAAUAUAUUAAGAAAAUUUAGCAAAUAAAAAAGAUAGGGUCUUAUGCUAGACUGAUUUGAAAAAUUUGGAUGUUACGCAAUUUUUUCAUAAUGGGAGUCUAUGGGAAAAUCGCAGCUUUCAUAAUAUUUUCGCAAAUAGAAAUGUUUCUAAAAUGUAGAUUUUAAUGAAGCUUCUCACAAAGGUAAAUAAACAUAUGGCCUACAAUAUGGUGAAAUAAAAUGUAUAGGUCUAUGUGCUUACUUUUGAGAUAUUUGGCCAUGAUUAAAGUGAACUGCCCAUUUCAAGCUAUAAUUAAGACACCAUUUUGAAUUAUUUAACGUGUCACAUGUUUUCAUAUGAUAUUUUAACUUUAGAAAGAUAGUAGCAGUGCCAUUUUAAUAAUCAAUUAACAGGUUGCCAUUAAUUCAUAAACUAAUUUUCAUUUCCGUACGCCGAAUCCAGACUUUAUUCUACGUUUUCCGGACAAAAGACGUUGUGCCAUCACUUCCGGGUUUUCAAACGUGCAGAACUACCUUAAGCUUAACAUUAACGUGUAAAUUUCAAAUCGGACGCGUGACCUCAAUCAUGAUAUCAUUUUUAUGACAUAGUGUUAAAAUGCUUUUUACGGUCACGCAAAAUAACGGCGGUAUUUCUUCACAUGUGCGGGGAGAUAUAUUUUAACUUACUUUUAACGAUAUCCUUUAUCAUUUUCCUCUAAUAAUUAACUGGUAUAAUAAACUUUGUAUUGCUUAACAUUUAUGUUUAUCUUUCUCCGAAUAUAUGUCUUUGUACUAUGCCAAGA